AUGAUACGCAUACUGCGGUCCUUUCGGGUAUUCAGGCCGCGCUGGAGCCGAGCCACGCGCGAAGUCAACGGUCAGGUCGUCCGUGUUGAGAAGGUCCGGAUCCGUAAGGCCAGGCCGUUGACCCGGAACUUGGGAGCCCUUACAAAGCUCGUCGCCGUUGCCCCGAUAUUCCUCACGACUACGUUUAUUGCCGGCUCCGUGUUGCUCGACGAUGACGAUGUCAGCCCUGAUGGGGAGGAAGGGAGACCAGAGGAGGGGCCCCGCAACAGCGAGGGGAAGCAUGGUGACCACUCUCAUGGUCAGGAGGAUGAUGACGAGGAGGACGUCGAAGAAGUCGGUGUGUUUAUUCCAUUCCCCUUCACUAUAACGCAGUUGCCCAGCCGGCAUUACACUAGGAGAGAGCUGGAAGAGAUGGCGAAGGCGUUUAAAGAACCCGGCUUCCAUAAGAAACUGCAGGAGGAAACAACGCGUAUUGUCCAAAAUGCCAUCGCUCGUAACGCCUUCAUCACAUUAAGAAUGGGGAAGAUCGUGGGUGUAUCCAAGACAUGGCUGGAGGUUAAUGUGCCCCCGGCGCCGCCGCCAAAGUAUGAGGAGUCGGGUAUCUGGAUCGGUCCGCACGGAAUAGAAUGGACGACAAUACCUCUUGACUCUACCAGCGUAAAAAUGCUACAGCGCGUUCUAUAUCCUCGGCCAGCCGCCCUUGCCACUUGGGCUUUCAUCAAAGCCUCGGCUCAAGAAGCCAAGGACAGGUUAGCCAACUUUUUAGGCUUCUCAGGCCACCAGCAACAGUCAGCAUCCAACGGGCAACCAGACAACAGGACUUUUCCUCCGACGAUAGGCUUCGUAGGCAACCGUCUUCCCCCUGGCUUCCCCGGCAGACCCCACAGAACCAACCAAUCCUCUCCGCAAAACAUGCGCCAGUCUGCAUCCCCCAUUAGCGGCAGCCCGCCCGGUCGCCCAUCCGACGGGCCUGUUAGCACAUCCGAAGACCAGACUUCGUCCGACCAGCCCUUCGGCGUGCCCCUUCCAAGCCUACCUGAGAGGGCGAAGAGGGAAGCGCUGGAAACGUUCAGAAAAGAAUGGAGACCAUUGCUAGCUGACCCUCCGCCCAUGAGCCUGUCCGUGCGGAACACCGUUCGUGUUGAGACGACUAGGGGGUGGGUGACGGUCGUGAUUCAGGCGUGGUAUAACACCAAGACGAGGCAGCUGGACAUGCCGUCUAUUCAUAUGCAUUUCGCGAGCAUUGCGUUGAAGUUGCAGUAG